AUGGAAAGAAAAAAUGUCGAACCUGUGGUCGAACCUACAGAAACUGACGUUUUUCGUAUCGGCGUAAAACCACCUCCAUUUUGGGCCGAAGAACCUACAGUUUGGUUCUCACAGCUGGAAGGAAAUUUCACAUUAUCUGGUAUCAAAGAUGACGAUACUAAAUUUUACUAUGUUAUUUCUACUUUGGAACAAAGAUAUGCUGCUGAAGUUAAAGAUAUAAUUGUAUCACCCCCAAAAACAGGCAAGUACGAAUUAUUAAAAUCCGAAUUAAUUAAACGACUAUCUGCGUCUCGCGAGAAAGAAGUCAAGCAGCUACUCAUUCAUGAGGAACUGGGUGACCGUCGACCUAGCAAUUUCUUACGUCAUCUACAGCGCUUAGCAGGACCUUCAAUUCCAGACGACUUUACAAAAACGAUUUGGAUUAGUCGCCUACCUAUAGCACUUCAACCCAUUAUUGCGGCCCAGAAAACAUUAGAUCUACAAUCUCUCGCUGAUUUGGCUGACAGUUUGCAUGAGAUAGUACCACGUACACCACAAGUUGCGUCGACGUCUACGUCUCAAUCCGUAUUAGAAUCCAUGGCUAAACAGAUCGAUGAGCUGUCUAUGCAAGUUAACGCACUUAAUACAUAUAGUUAUACAACAAGAUCAGGACGUAGACGUCAUCGUAGUCAUACUCGCGAUACAAGCAGUACCAGAUCACAAUCCAACCAUCAGAAGUUUCCAGUUUGUUGGUAUCAUUACACUUUUGGAAAAAAUGCGAAUAAAUGUAUUAAACCAUGCGACUUUAAGUCGGAAAACUGCAAGGGCAGUCGGUAA